UUUCUCUCUCUCCUUUCUCUAUCACUCUGCCUUUUCAGCUAAUUCAAACUUAAAGAUUGGUCUUUGUACACGGCACAGAAGGGCGGCACUAAGCGGAUCAAUGAAACGCUGUGAUCCCUAGGAUUUUCUCAAUGAAAUGUUGAGCAAAGCCAUUAGCUGAGCGUGGGGAUGGAGAAGGAAGUGAUAGGGGUUUGAUGACCCUAAAGAAACUAUAACUUUUCAGGGUAACAGGGGGCGGAGUCCAGUUCAGGUCCAACCUGAAAGCAGAUUGCAAAGACAGCCAGUAAGCUUCGUUUUUGUUUUGCCUUGCGAAGUUAGUCCCUUUAGGCGAUCGGUAGUUAGCGUCGCGUUUCCCUGGAGACCAAGACUGCGGGGGAGCACGGUGUCGGGCAGUUAUUGGAGUGGCCCGGGUCACCACGCGAUCCACGCUGAGAAAAGCACUUUGGAGAAGCAUACUAGGCAUCCAAGAAGAUUACGGCCUCCCGGACUCACAACUCUUCUUCCAUUUUCCCCCAUGUCGAAUAUCUUGCAGAAACCCAGCCCCUGCGAGACUUCCUCCACCGUCCGCAAGUUCCGGGUUCUGUGGUCCAAGCAGAAGGCCAAGCUGCCUACUCUGCCUCCACUCCAGCAAGCCGGCGGUGGGGGCUACAACAAAAGCAAACUGAAGACUUUCAUGUUGCACCGCAAGCCCACCACCGCGGGGACGCGCCCCCUGAGGAACCCCGUGGACCCAUUCGCGAGGGAGAUGGCAGACGCCGGGAAGAUCCAGGCGCAAAUCCGGCUGACCAGGGCGAUGCUCAGGAACCGGCGGGCCACGCUCCAGGAGCUCGGCAACCAAGAGCGCUUCCUCGCCAAGCUCAACGACGAGCUGCUGAGGAUGAUCCGGGACGUGGAGGACAGCACGGCGCUGACCGUGCGGGAGCUGCUGCAUCAGCAGGACACGCUGGCGAGCGUGGUCAACAUCCUGGAGUACUCCAACAAGAGGAGGCUGCAGCAGCUCAAGUCUGAGAUUCAGGAGUGGGAAGAGACGGAAAACCAGAAGAUGAGCUGCCUGGAGCGGCAGGUGCAGCAUCUGGACGCGCAGAACAAGAAGACCCAGGACCAGGUGAACUUCCUGAGCACGUACAUGGACCACGAGUAUCCCGUCAAGCUGGUCCAGCUCGCCAGCCUCGGGCGCCAGGUGCAGCAAGCCAAGGAUCGCCAGCAGGAUGAGCUGGAUGACUUCAGUGAGCUGCGGAGGAAGGUCCUGGCCUCUGUGUGUGCCAAAAUUCAGGAGAAGAAGCGGAGGAUUUUGAGGGCUGUGGCGGUGAAAACCCAGCGUCCCCACCAAGAGGCUCUGCUGCGGAAGAUGCAGGAGAGCCAGUUCAUGCAGAAAUUUGCGUGGAGGUUCAGAGACGUGCGUGGACAAGCAUGGCCCUGGGCCCCGUGGGAGGGAGCAGCGGGGCAGCCCGGGGCCCGUGGGAGCCAGGCUUCUCUCUGCCAGUGCCUUUGGUACCACUUGGCAUUAGUGCUGGCCCAGGUCCCACUCAUUAGCCAGUGCCCCCCGCCCCCCGCCUGCCCUUCGCCACCCACUCGGCCCACCUAUCCUCACUGUAGACCGACUUCACCAUCUCCUGGCCCUCCCUUCGCCGUCACUCCCCUCCGUUCUCUACCCCCCACCAUCUCGUCCUUCUCAGCACCAGCCUGGGGGCCAGGCCCGUCCCCACAGGAAGGCCCCCCCGUGUGGCCCCAGUGACAAAGCCAUUCCACUCCCCCAGAUUUUUUUUUUUAAGAUUUAUUUAUUUGAAAGUUACAAAGAGAGGUAGAGCCAGAGAUAGAGAGGUCUUCCAUCUGCUGGUCCACUCCCCAAAUGUCUGCAAUGGCCAGAGCUGAGCUGAUCCGAAGCCAGGAGCUUCUUCCGGGUCUCCCAUGUGGGUGCACGGGCCCAAGGACUUGGGCCGUCUUCCAUUGCUUUCCCAGGUCACAGCAGAGAGCUGGAUCGGAAGUGGAACAACAAGGACUUGAACCGGCACCCACAUGGGAUGCCUGUGCUACAGGCCAGGGCUUUAACCCACUGCGCCACAGGGCCAGCCCCAUAGUUUUGUUUUGUUUUGGUUUGUUUAAAGACUGCUUAUUUAUUUUGAAAGUCAGAGUUGGGAGAGGGAGGAGGAGGAAGAGGGAAUCUUUCAUCUGCUGGUUCACUCUCCAAAUGGCUGCAACAGCCAGGCUGGGCCAGACUGAAGCCAGGAGCCAGGGGUUUCUGUGUCUCCCACGUGGGUGCAGGGGCCUAAGGACUUGGGCCAUCCUCCACUGCUUUCCCAGGCCAUAGCAGAGAUCUAGAUGGGAAGUGGAGCAGCCUGGGCCCAUAUGGGAUGCCGGUGUUGCAGGCGGCGGCUUAACCAGCCUUUCCUAGAUGUCUUGACCCCCUUGUCAUUUUGUUCUCUCAUCCCCCUGGGUGGGGUCGCGGGGCUCCUGACUUCUCGCCCACUGCACCUCUCCCGCCAGUUCAUUGGGCAGCUGGAGGAGGAGCUACCGGUCCUGAGGCAGGAGGUGGGAGCGCUGCAGGCCCAGGUGUGGGAUCCCCGCGAGGUCGUG